CAUGGCCUCACCCAGACCCAGCCCCGGGCAAUAAUUCCGAUCUUGUCUCGCCAGCAUCACAACAGUCAAACAGGGAGGGAGAGGAUAGCUGCCGAAAAGCGGGGAGAAACCAUACAAAACCUCCAUUAAAUCCCACCCUAGCAUCUGCUUUGCUCUCCUCCCUCCCACCGCUUCGUCUCUCUCUCUCUCUCGCUUUAAAUCUCCGAGCGACACCCGCUCGCCUUCUCACUCCGUCCGGACCUGUGCAUUGCCGCUUCUUCUAGGUGUUGCUGGCGUUGCAUCAAGUAGCAGCUCUCCACGGCACGGCAGCGCGCGUCCAGCAAGUGUGGGCGGCAUGAGGAGCGGCGGGAUGAUGUGCCGGUCGCACGCGGCGACGGCCGUGUGCGUGCCGGGGGACGCGCGGUCCAUGGUCGUGGGCCGCCGCGCCGACCGGACCAUCGCCGAGGACGCCCGCAUCCUGCACGACGUCAGGUACGUGCGCCUUGGCGGCGGCGGAUGCGACGGAGCCGGCGCCACGCGCGUCUCGUCCAGGCGUGCCACGGCGCCGCCCAUGCCGAGGCGGCGCGGGGCGCCCGUGGCCGUGACGCUGCCCAUGGUCACCAAGAGCCCCAAGGAGACGCCGGCAAGAGACACAGCGGCUGCCAAGCGGACACCCGCCGCGCCGCCCACCGCCGCUCCUGCAACCGGAGACCAGGUCCUCCAGGUGGUGGUGAUGAAGGUGGCUAUACACUGCCAGGGUUGCGCAGGGAAAGUUAGGAAGCACAUCUCCAAAAUGGAAGGGGUGACGUCGUUCAGCAUCGAUGUGGAGAGCAAGAAGGUGACGGUGAUGGGUCACGUGUCCCCGGCGGGCGUCCUGGAGAGCAUCUCCAGGGUCAAGAAGGCCGAGCUGCUCCUCUGCUGAAUCUCCAACAUGCCCAGCCAUGAAUGCUAGCUGCAGAGGACGACGAGGAAGAAGGAAGAAGCUGUGUUGGGUUAGAGAGAGAAGAAGAAGUUAAGGGGUUGUACUGACCGGGGAAAGGACGACAUGCAUGGGCGUGAGAUAGUUGGAUCCAUGAAAGCUUUGGAGUCAGGCGUGAGUGGUGAACUGUGUGUGCCAUGCAUGCAUGCAUGCAUGCCUACUUUACCAUUACUUGCUGCUCAACUUUACUUCUUCCUCUUUCAAAUCUAUCUAUCCA